GGUAUUCCGCCAUCUUAAGUGAGAUUCCAAUCCGAAGUGAGCGAACAUGUUCAGUUCGAAGGGCACUGCGCACGGCAUAGGGAAUCAGGGAACAUCGAUACAUCACUUAACAGGAAGUGGAGAGCGAUAAUCACCCAACUGUCUUUGCGCGCAUGACGUCAUCGCAGUCAGAACGGUCAGUCAGAAGAACUAUGGAGGAGUUUACGUAUGUGUGGUCUAAAGAACAAACUGUGGAGUUUAUCCAAUUAAGGAGCCGACACGAGCAUCUCUUUACAGGGAAGAGAAAUGCAGCAAAAUAUGGAUGGGAAACAGUGAUUCAAAAGAUGGGACUAGAGGGCAAGGUAUCUGUCCAGCAGGCAUCUAGGAAGUGGGAGAACAUGAAAAAAAAGUACAAGGAAUUGAAGUACCCACCAACUGGGUCAGGAAGAGAAAACGGAGAGGAAACGGCAACCUCGUGGCCAUGGUAUAAUGCCAUGGAUGAGGCGAUUGGUCAGAAGGCAUCCAUAACACCACCAAUAAUAAUGUCAUCCCUACUUUCAAAUGAGGACCUGACCAUCAGUUCACCCACUUUUUUCACCAGCCCACCUCCUAUGGCCUCACUAACUCGCCCUUCUCCUAUGGCCUCACUAACUGGCCCUUCUCCUGUGGCCUCGGUCGCUGGCCCUUCUCCUGUGGCCUCGGUCGCUGGCCCUUCUCCUGUGGCCUCGGUCGCUGGCCCUUCUCCUGUGGCCUCGGUCGCUAGCCUUUCUCCUGUGGCCUCGGUCGCUGGCCCUUCUCCUGUGGCCUCGGUCGCUGGCCCUUCUCCUGUGGCCUCGGUCGCUAGCCUUUCUCCUAUGACUUCGGUCGCUGGUCCUUCUCCCAUGACUUCAGUCGCUGGCCCAUCCAUCAGAUCCAGCAUUCCUCCUACCAGGCGAAAAAAACGUGUGGCAACUGAAAUUUUAGAUUUCCUCCGGGAGGAAUCUGCCAAGGAGGAGGAACGAGAGAAACAAUUUACUGACUUUAAUGAGAGGUUUUUAACUCUCUUUGAGUCUUUUUUGAAAAAAUAAGUCCUUGUCUUUAAGGCAUUGUUCUCUUUCUAUAUCUGUUUUUACAUUUUGUUUACGUUGUAUGUGAUUUUUAUUGAGGUUUUUACACAAACAGACGCACAAAUGUUUAUUCAUUCAUUUAUUUAUGGGGAACUGUAUGUAGCUGUUCAUUUAUAUUUGUUUAUGAAAAUCUACUGACAUGUUUAAAAUAUAACUGCAUAACAUUAAUUCACAUAA